UUUCCUAUUGGGGCAAGCAAUUAAAGGUGAAGUAUAGAAGCAAAGGCUGGUAGAGUAGGGGAAAAGAUAUGAAAGAUACUGGAUGUAUAUUUGGAGCGUGUCGUUAGACACAUUCAGCUUUGCCCGAUCUUAAAAAUCAGCCAAAAUAUCUGUAGACAGAAGUCAACCUCGAAACCCUAAAACUCGUAUUGAAUGUUUCAUCCCGAAUUCCAACGGAUCUCUGAUGUCAUCACCCAAAAUCCCGCCAGGAGCUCCAUUGAAUUAAAAAUUGGAAAAGAAAAUGGCUUCCAGCGCCUCGUAAAAAACCCUUCCGCGCCAGCCGUAAUCGUAUAAAGCAGAUUGAAAUGCUUUUAGGGCAGGCCGUGGCCCGCCGGGGCAUGUAAUGCGACGUGUGUUGGUGGGUCCCAAUCCCCCUCCCCCGUCGCAGUCCAGUUGGACACGCGGGCGGCAUUCGCCGGCUCCCCGGAGACGGGCCUGCCCAGGUGGAAAUGCUACUUCUUGUUGAUAUGUUUCCGCACCCGCAUCGUGCGCUCCGAAAGGGAAGACGACGAGAAUAGGUAUAACCGUAAUCCCGCAUAUCAAGUGGCAUAGCUUAUUCUUGCUUCCCCCGGCUUUACUGCACGCUCAAAAACGACUGGCUAACUUGGACGGUAAAGGGUGCUGAGCAUUUUGCGUUUGUGAGUAGCUGAACUGAAUUGCAGAAUGUCCGGUCCUCUCGACAGAUUUGCCAGGCCAUGUUUUGAGGGAUCUUCUGGACAUGAUGAAAGAAGAGAGAGGAAAUCUGAUGUUGAGAACUCCGAAGAUGAGAGAAGAACAACAAAAAUUGGAGCUUUAAAAAAGAAAGCAAUAAAUGCUUCCACAAAAUUUAGGCAUUCUUUAAAGAAAAAUAGAAGGAAGAAGUCUGUUGCAAUUCAGGAUGUACGUGAUGCUGAAGAACAGGAAGCUGUUGAUAACUUUCGACAAGCUCUUAUUUCAGAAGACCUGCUGCCUCCCAGACAUGAUGAUUAUCAUAUGAUGUUAAGAUUUUUGAAAGCGAGGAAAUUUGACAUUGAGAAAACAAAGCAGAUGUGGGCAGACAUGCUUCAAUGGAGAAAAGAAUAUGGUGCCGAUACCAUUGAAGAUGAUUUUGAAUUCAAAGAGCUUGAUGAUGUCCUCAAAUACUAUCCACAAGGUCAUCAUGGUGUGGACAAGGAGGGAAGACCAGUCUAUAUUGAGAGGAUUGGUAAAGUCGAUGUGAACAAGCUCAUGCAGGUUACGACCAUUGAUCGAUAUCUGAAGUAUCAUGUCCAGGAGUUUGAGAAGACUAUUAACAUUAAGUUUCCUGCUUGCUCUAUUGCUGCGAAAAAACACAUUGAUUCAACCACGACAAUAUUGGAUGUGCAUGGCGUGGGUCUAAAGAAUUUCAAACAGGCUGCAAGAGAUCUUAUCUUACGUAUACAGAAAAUUGAUGGUGACAACUAUCCUGAGACUUUAUGUCGGAUGUUUAUCAUCAAUGCUGGUUCUGGUUUUAGAUUGCUGUGGAACACUAUAAAGAAUUUUCUCGAUCCAAAGACGACUGCCAAGAUACAUGUUCUCGGAAACAAAUAUCAGAGCAAGCUCUUAGAGAUAAUUGAUGCAAGCCAACUACCUGAAUUCCUGGGUGGCACUUGUGUCUGCUCUGUAGAAGGAGGGUGCCUUGCAUCAGAUAGAGGUCCAUGGAAGGAUCCUGAUAUCAUGAAGUUGGUGAUGAAUGGUGAAGUCAGAUGUGCACGCCAAAUAGUUACUGUGUCAACUGUGGAAGGGAAAACAGUUUCACAUGGAAAAUCACUUUACAUGAAGGCAAAGGGUAGUGAUGUGUCUACUGCAGAGUCGGGUUCAGAUGUGGAAGAUGUGGUCUCUCCAAAAGUACAUAAGGCUCCUGGGUUUAUGCGUCUAACUCCUGUUCACGAGGAAAGCAAGAUUGCCGGCCAAAAUAAUUACUUUGAUGGCUACUUGGAGUAUGAUAUUCCAAUGGUUGACAAGGCUGUAGAUAGUGGCUGGAAACGAAAGGGACAUGGAGAAAAAUUGCCAAUAUCCAAAGGUACCUUGCUCACUGCGAAUGAGCAGAAACCUCCCCAGGGGAUCAUUAUGCAAUUAACUGCAUUUUUUAUGACCAUCAUUAUGAGCAUAGCUGUCUUAUUCCGUUCUGUUACUCGUUUUGUUGAAAGCAAGAGUACAAGUGGGAAGUCAGAACUAUACUCGAACACUAUGCUAUACAAUGAUGACUCUGGGCCUCAGGAGGACCUACAACACCCUAUGCCUGCAUGUGAGUUAACUGUUAAUGAUAUUCUUCCAUCUAUGGUGAAACGCUUACAAGCUUUAGAAGAUAAGGUCAAUGAGCUCAGUGCAAAACCACCUCAGAUGCCACUAGAAAAGGUAGAAUUACUGAAUGCUGCUGUGAACCGGAUUGAUGUUCUAGAGUCCGAGCUGGAUAUGGCAAAACAGGCAUUGCAGACUGCUCUUUGUAAGCAAGUUGAACUAAUUGAGUACAUUGAACAAUUGAAGGAAUCCCAUUUUCAGAAGAGAAAAUUUUGUUGGUUUUAACUGAUUCUGCAAACUAUAGUAUUUGGAAUCAUUCCUGGAGUGCUUCUAAAUAAAGCAGCUGUCUCCAUCUGCAACCUUGUUUAAUUCGAAUGAUCUUUACCAUCGGGCUGUUGUGCUCAAGAUUCUUCAAGCAUGAGAAUUACAAGGUCAUUAUAUUGUCUUAAAUGUUCAUAAGAGGUCAUGAUCUGAACCUACUUAUAAUUUUUUUGUUUUGAUUCUACCUGUUAAAUAUGUUUAUUCUUUGGUGAAAUUAAAUGAGACAUGAUUCAACAAGAGUUGAUGAGGAUGAAGUGACAAGGGGGAUGCAUAGUAUUAAUGUCAGUGUGGAACGUGUGUUCACUAAAACUUUCACAGAAGGCAUCUUGUCAAUGCAGACUUCUGGACUCUGUUAAUUUGACAUUUGAUUAUUGGGUGUUUAUUUUUAAGUUCUUAUUAGGAUGGGUCAAGUGGAAACCAAGUUUCAAACUGUGUGAAUAAGAUAAUUCCAUUUGAAAGACUA